CUCCGGGAGUAAGUUUCGGUUUUGUUACGUCAUUACUUCACAGCGGCACAUAUCCGUGUGUAUAAAAACACCCUUCUCGUUCUGUACGAGCAUUUAGAUCAUGAAACGCGGACUGUUCACCAUAAUCGGGGUCACAGUAGGGGCAGUCGGUACGGUUGCGUUGGCCCCGGUGGCGCUCACCAUGGCUGGAUUCACCUCUGCUGGUAUAGCAGCAAGUUCUAUUGCUGCCAGCAUGAUGUCUUCAGCAGCCAUUGCCAAUGGGGGCGGUGUGGCUGCAGGAAGUUUGGUUGCUCUCCUCCAAUCUGCAGGUGCUGCUGGACUGACUGCAGGUGCGACAGCAGUCGUGGCAUCUGUAGGUGGAGCAGCAGGUGCUGUAAUAGGUGGAGCUGCAGAUUUGCGUUCUCAUUCCAAGAUUGAUGGAGAUGGAGAUGGAGAUGGAGAUGGAGAUGGAAAUGGAGAUGGAGAUGGAGAUGGAAAUGGAAAUGGAGAUGAAGAAGAGGAGGAGACAGAUAUGAUAAAUUUCCAGGAGACCAAAGAGCUUAUGCCAAAAUAAGGUCCUCUGUUAAUAACUGAUAACAAUGUAUUUGUGUGAGCACUUUGUAUGUGCAUGUUAAUUUUAUGCUUGUACAAGUAGAAUGUGCAUGUAAUGUGACUGAAGAUCACUUUUUUACUAAACAAUUAAAACAUUUUCAGUAUGAAUGCAAGAAAUCGUAAUUAAAAUGAUUUGUGUGCUUGAAUACCAUAAUUUAAUCUUUACAGCAGAAUUUGGAUUUGUCUUAUAUUUGAAGUUGGUAUUACUGAUUCUGUUACUUUCCUUUUUAAUACUUUGAGGCUGAUUUGAAACGAUCUCUAUUUUAUAAAGCAUUACAAAAUAAAGGUGACUUGACUUAA